GCCAUUUCUAACAACACGAUAUUAGCACGCAAAGACAAAGUGGCAAAAUGUGGCAAGACAGCGUCCGCGGAGCCGCGGACAUUCUCGCCUCCGGUACCGGCGUUCUGCAGUUUUGCGAAAAGGAGGGCUUGGAAUACAAGGAAUGCCGGAACCGGCACCGGCUCGGCGCGCUCUCGCGAGAACGGCUCGAACAGAACAGCGGAGACUAUGAGAAAUGGAAACGGGGGAGAACGUCAAGGGGUCGUGACAAUUUCCAUUCAGCCUCCACCUCCACCGUGUUUGCGCAAGAAGAAACAGGUAGCGGUAAAAAUAACCAGUUCAAUAGCGGAGGCUACAGCACGACGCCUUCCUUUUCCUUUCAGGACCACGCAUCAGCACCAACUACAGCGGCACAAGUAGACGAGUCCGUUUGUUUCGAGGAGGUGGAAAAUAUCGCGAAAUGCAGCUGGAACUACGCGAGCGGAUUUCUCCUGGAAUUGACGAACCGCGAGAAGGAGAUCGGAAAAAUGUGCCAGGACGUUAUUUCGGUCCUGAAUCAGUGCAACAAAAAUGAGGAGUAUCAACCGAGUAGUUCUACUGGUUCUGGAGCGGGUUCUAGUUCUGGUUUCGGUUUCGGUAGUACAACUUCUGCUCCUACUUCUAAAAACUGCACAGAAGAGACAUUAGAGGUGAUUCAAUGCAGUGCGACCUGGUUUAACCAAAAUUAUGAAAAAGUUUCGGGGUACUGAGCAGACGAGAAAAAUCGAACAUAUGGUGGACGUUGAAGAAAGUAAGCAGAGUUUCGCUGUUUUGCUCAUCUUCAAGAGGUUUCAGUUUUGGCGUUUUGAAUUACGACGACAAGCCUGUGUGUCAGCGUUUCUGUCACAGACGAGAUACAAGCAACAAAGCACACGACCGUGAAAACAACAUCAAAUCGGGCGGAACCGUAGCACACAUAUUGACAAGAAUAUGCGCAUACGGCAGUUUCUCAAAAACACCACCUUCCUCCAUCUCGCAGCAUGCCCUUUUGCUCCUGUUGCUGGCGCGGUCGCGAGUUUGCUUUGGCGAAGCGAAGAACUAAGCGGUACGAAGCAUGCUGUCGCAAGCGAGCGCCUGCGGGUACUAUCAACAAUAACGCAAGCAGCUACUACGAGUACCUCCGCGGCAGAUCAACAUCUUCAAAGCCAACAAUUUCUACACGCCGGUGGUCAAGUGAAAGUAAAGAAGAACGCGACCACAUUCUCCUAUGCGGAGGAAGACCAUAAUGAACCUCGCCAGGAUUAUCAUCUCAACUUUGACUACAGCGACCUCGCAAAAUCCUUCUACCAUUUCGACUUCGCUGAGGAAAAGUGGGUCGAAAGCCCUUUCCCACCACAAAUCUCCGUUGCCGGCGGGUUAGUCGAGGACUCCACGACCUCUGCGAAGAGAACAUCAACAUCAAGCCGCAUGAACAAAACCACCUACAGCCAAUUCGGCCAGGAUUGGUUGGUGCAAACGUUGCUGAACUGCAAGCAAAACGGCUUUUUCAUCGAGCUUGGGUCGCACGAUGCGACGCUUCUUUCAAACAGUUUCUUGCUCGAGAAGAACUUUCACUGGCAGGGACUGUGCCUCGAAGCGGACCCACAGUAUCUGAACGGGUACAAACACCGGAAGAGGUGUAAGUUGGUGCAGAACGUGAUUGGCAGCUCUCCAACCGGGAAAGAGGUCGAGUUCGCCUUCCACCCUGCCGGGGCGACAAACGGAUUGAGUGGAAUCGUCGGCGAAAAUUUCGACAACAAGAAAGAAGACGGAGAUGAUUUUUACAGCACUUCCUCACAGCAGGUGCAGGAGCCGCACCACAGUGCUGGCACGAAAAUACAAAAAACGAAAUCAGUUUCCCUGGCAGACGUGUGGCGGCACUUCAACGCACCGACACAAAUCGACUACUUCUCGUUGGACGUGGAGGGAGCGGAGGGCUUGGUACUGGAUGAAAAUUUUCCCUGGGACGAGCUCCGGUUCCGGGUCCUAACUGUGGAGCGCGCGAAGCCGGAAUUGGAGCAGGUUCUGGAGCAGCACGGGUACAGGAAAGUGCGUCUGAAUAGUGUCGAGAAUGACGCGACGUGGUUAGACAGCAGAUCUACCUCUAGUACCUCCCGAGGAGAAUCAUUUUCAACAAAUCUAUCGAAGUUUGCGAACGGAAAAUCGUUGGAGGGUAGUUGUAUGGCGCAAGCGGGGUUUCGGAGACCGCCGGGGUUGAUGACACUGCUGUAGCUCUGUUGGUGUUGAAGUAAGUAGACGGAGAAUGGUGCAUCGGUGUAGGGGCGAUAGCAAGGAAGGAAAUGUGGCGGCUUGUGAUAAUAAUUGUUGUGCUUGUUGUGCUUUGUGGAGAUCUAUGUCCGUUGGCAUUUAUUGCUGAUGUCGGUGCGCGAAGCAGUUCGCGCUAUAUCAGAUUCAAGUUUUUGGGAUAAGAACUUGAAUUUUUCGGGUUUUACGAAGACGAAGACUAUACAUGAUGAGCUUCUACUCCUGCUGGCGAUUAUUACGCCAUAGAAGUGAUCAGAAUAUCUUGCUCGUUUCAUAAAGAACAACAAAUGGGUUUCAAGUAAUUUCCAU